UUGUCACGCCCAUCCAGUUCAGCAGGUAACGCAGCCUGCAAGUUUCCCGUCACACCGGCGGACUGGUAAGGAGACGCGUGCGCAAGGUCGGAGACCUGGGAUGAACAAGUGACCCUCAAGAGUUCUUCAUCGUGUAUCCCGUGUCUCCCCGUCGAAACCAAGAUGAAGCUGGCGAUGGCGUUAGUUGGCCUGAGUGUUGUUGUGAUGGGUGUCUUGAUUUUCCAGGUCGUGCAUCAGGAAUUCCGCCUGAGUCACUUAAAAUUCCGCUUAGUGGAGAACUCGGCGCAGGUUACCAGGAAAGAGGAAGGCAUAGUCGAACUGAAAGCCAAAAUCUCCGAGCUGCAGAAAUCGCUGGACGACGUCAACACAAAGGUGGAACAACUGAAAAAGAAAAAGGCAGAAAUUGAAAAGUCAUCGGAGGACGCGGGUAAAAGUCUGGCGGCCUGUACCACGGAGAAGGAGAAGGCGGAGAAGACGAGGGAUAGUACAACUGGGGAAAUAGAUAAACUCAAAGACAAUCAUGAAGCGGCUAAAAGUAAAGCCCAGGAGAACAUUCAGAGCUUGAAAGAGGAGAUUUUUAAUAGAGAUAAAGCAGUCUGUGCCUUUCUUGAUACAACCAAGGACAAAGGACGGAAGUUGUGUGAAAAUCUUCAACAAUCACAGUGAAGUCACCUCAGAACUGUUCAACAAUGACUACCAACUUUUUCAGAAAAAUAUUUGUGCAUCCAAGUUUUGUAUCACCUCUAAGGUUAUUAUGGAAUAAUAACAAAAAAAGAAAAGAAAUUCUGUGCAUUCACUCAGAGAACAAGUAUACAGACAUGUGGAAUAGAGAAAUAGAAUUCAUUUCAUAUCAUAAGAAGGCAAUGAAGGUUGUAUUUGUAAUGUAUAAUGUGGGGAUCAUCCGACAAAAAUUCUAUGUGCUCAAAAUGUUGCGCCUAAUAUGAUGAUAUAACAAUAGAAAUAAGCAAUGUAAAUAAUAGAAAUAACUAUUUGGUUAGUUAUAGGGAAAGAUUAUGGUUUGGUUAAAGUGACCCUCAUAUCAACGUUUGCCACGUCUGUCUGAGCGUUCUGUGACAGUGUGUUCGAGCUGAAAUAACCCCUGCAGAAGCUGUUUAACUGCUAUGGUUGGGUACCUGAUGUGAAACACUGUAGUGUCUCCUUUUAUCAUAUUAUGUUUUACUAUUUUUUAGUUAUUCUUUCGAAUGUAAUAAAAAAUAGCAAAAGUUCACUUAUUAUUGUAACAAUGUACAACACUUUCAUUUUAGCUCAGGCAGUAAUGAAAAAGCGACCUUGCAGUUAUUUUGCACUGGUUUUAUGAUCGUGGAAACAAUAUUUUUGCUAAAAUAGUUCCUGUAAUUUCUUGUAGUAAAAUAAACCAGAUAGUUUUUUUAAAGGACACACGGACCCAGAUUUUAUUCAGUUUCUGUUUGGUUUUUAUAAAUUUGAUGUACUAUUAAUGCUUUGGGCCAUAAACAGCAGACCUUUAAGCAGUCUAGAAAAUAGAUGCAAUGUGUGUAAAAGUGUAAAAGCAUUGUAUAUAUCAGUUAAUACGACUCUGAAUAUAAAGGAAGCCAAAAUGAUAAAACAUUUUAGAUUUAAGAGGCAAAACCUAAAUUAUCACGUCUGUUCAAAUUAAUGCUCCUUUAACUCCCCCUAGUGCAGAACCUAGGUUAAGACAGAGCAUGUUACUGAUAUUGUGCUGAUACAACUGAGGAAACACUUUCUUACAGGGGAUCUUGUUUGGAGGAAACUAUUAAAAGUACAAUCUGAGUACACUGAACUUGUUACAAAACGUCUUGUAUGAAAUUAGAUUGCCAAAAGCAUUUAUUGUGGGUUUAAUGAGUGCUGUAUGGAUGUACAAUUACUAAAUAAAGCGUUUUGUGUUCCUAAAGUUCCUAUAAGUUAA